UUUGCCGUAGCCAGUUCUAAUGUGAACCGUAUGGUAAAGAAAAAAGAGAGCUUCGAAUACUGUAUUGUGUCGGAUACCUCUUCGCUGUAACAGCAUCAAUGCCUCGCUUUGCGCUGGAUGUUUGCGCUCAGUGCCAGCAGACAGGGCUUUUGCAGUAACUCGCGCCGAUGGUUCUAGACGUGGGAGCUACAGGAAUGUUGACUAAUGGUUGUUUUGAGAAAAUAAAAAUGAUGUAUUUAUUUUAAGAGAUUACAUCCAACGAUACAUCCAUGAAGAUGUAUCGCCGUGACUCGCUGUGACUCGCGCUCUGUCCAUUGUGUGAAGAAGAAUGUCUCCACGGGUGUCGACUCUGCUUUCCGGACUGUGGCUGUGCUUGGUUCUGUCCGGUGCUGCUAGGCCGAUGUGGAAAGCUUGUGACAAUGGCAAGCUCUUGCUGGGGAGAGACCUGCCCCCGUCAGUUGUGUGGAGCUGUCCUGUGAUUUCCUGGCCAGGGUCCACUACCCAGGAGAUUGCUAGCGUUGACACAAAGUAUCCCCCACAGCGGAUCGAGCACGUCUGCAUGGACACACCCAUCACAUACAAUCACACUAUCCCCAACAGUGGUGCUCACCGGACUGUAGGGGCAGAGAGUGGAGAGUACCUGUACUGCCCCCCUCAACGCUGGCUCAACAACCUGCAGCAUGGAGCAACAGUGUUGCUGUACCAUCCGUGUGCUCCGGUUCGUCAGCGUGACCUGCUGUCGGUCCUGGGCCACCGCUGUCUGUCUGACUACAUCAUAACGCCACACCCUGACCUCAGCAAACACAGACCGUUAGCGCUGGUGUCCUGGGGUCGCACGCUGGAGCUGUCCCAUGUGACCACGUCGGAGGUCUGUGAUUGGCUGCAGUUGACAGCGGCACACGGGAACCGUGGCGACGUGGAUCAAAGCAGACAGUAUAACUUGCUGUUGACCCAUCCUGCAGAUCAUAAACACGCAUACCCAAAGCAAAAGUCUCUGAGGCAGUGCUGUGAGGAGACCCUCUCUCUUCUGGAUGGAUGGUUGGAGGUGGCAGGCUGGGGGAGAGGGAGCGUCCGCAAGACCCGAGCAGCACUCAGGAAGGAGGGGAAGGAGAAAGAGAGACGGACCACCCUGGACAGAACCGAGCCGAACAGAGUCCAGAAACAUGGAACCACACUCCAACCUGAAGCACAGGGCCAAGCCACAGUGAGGGCUACACAGGGAGGCACGGACCGAGGACUCAAAGUGACUCAACCUCACCGCAGAGAAAAUGACACUAAUGAAAAAGAUCCCCGAGGCAAAGUGAGAGAAACAGACUGGGUGAACCAGAACGAAGUAGAGGACAAGAGGCAGAGCGGGAAAACAGGAGACAUCCAGGAGAGAGAGGUGAAGAGCAGCAGACACGAGGGAGAGACACAGCCCCGUAACUCUCCAACCAAGAGGAAAAAGCCUCUGUCUCAGAGUCAGCCCAAACAGCUGGCUGUCACUCAGGCGAACAGCCAGGACAAGAGAGCAGACUGUGAUGGUAGGGUGGGCCACUGCGAGUGCACUGAGACCGUAGCUCCGCUAGGGGGCGCCGUGGCUGGACCCGGUGACAGGAUGCUGCCCACUCCGCGGACAGACGAGGCAGUGUGGGCGGCGGCGGCGUUGGGCUUCCUCCUGGUGCUGCUGGUGCUGUCUGUGCUGCACACGCGCCUCUACCGCCACUGGCGCACAACGCCCAGCAUGUACUGGCACGACUCCAAGCAGGACUACGACAGGGUGGCAGAUGUGAUCCACAGGAGGCUGAAGAUGCCAGGGAGGAGGAAGAGGAGGGCAUCCAAGAGCCGAAGACAGGAGUGUGUCCUCCUACCACCCAGCUCCAGCACAGAGGAGGACGAGUAGAAACAGGUCUCUCUCAUCCCUCUAUCUGUUUAUUAUAUCCGUCUUGUCUUUACCCUGUGAGAAUAGAAGAGAGGAGUGGACAUUGGGACCUAAAAGCAGGGUACUCCUACUCGCCUAAUAACAUUGCUAUGCUGAAGAAACAUUUUAUGGAAUUUUUUGUUGUUGUAACGAGACCUCAAACAGGUACAUCUUCUAUUGCCGGUACUUAAGAAGGAAUAUUUUAGUAUUUUAACUGUCAUACCAUACUCCAUAGUACAAAACCCCAUUCAAUCAGAUCACAUUACAGUAGAUCAUUCACAAUCACCACCAAUGACACCGUUUUACUACACAUUCAAGCCUUUUCUCAUAGGGGCCGAGUUAGACUUAGGAAAUUAUUUUUUUCCCCUGUUCAUUUAUUGUAAACAAUCCCUUUGAAUAUGUAUUUGGACAGUGAAGAUAACUUUUUUCAAUUUAGAUCACAUGUUUCAUAUGAGGCGAGAGUACAGAAUGUCACCUUUAACUUGAGGGUAGUUUCUGUUUUUCUAUUUAGAAAUGAAGGGACUAUGUAUCUAUUCCACCCAUUUGAAGAAGUAUUUGGACAAAUUCACUUAGUGUAUUAAAGUUGUUAAAGGUUUAGUAUUUGGUCCCAUAUUCCUUGCAUUCAAUGACUACAUCAAGCUUGUGACCCUACAAGCGUUUAUUGUAAGUAAGAACAGAACAUUUCAGAACACUUCUACAUUAAUGUGGACGCUACCAUGAUUAUCAGUAAUCACUCAUCAUUAUUCACAAUUCAUUCAUGAAGGUUAGAGGCAAAUACUCAACUUUUGAUUACUUUACGCUAAGUGAAUUUGUCCAAAUACUAACGACUUCUAAACAUUAAACAUAAUUUCUAAACAUUAAAACAUAUGUAUGAAAAUACCCUCGUGCUGACAUUCUGUACUGUCUCAUAAUGUGAAUAAUUUGAUCUAAAGUCCUAAAUGCUGAAGUACAUUUUUAGCUUCGCUGUCCAAAUACUUAUGGAGGGGAGUACAGUUGCUGUUGUAAGCAACCGGCUGUCGGGUGCAUUGUGUUGCAGUAGUGGGUACAAGUCCAUCAAAUGCUGUUGUGUGAUAGUAAUAAAUUGUUGUUUUUUAAUCAUG